AACAAAGUGCAGCGCGAUGCGCUAUCAGUCGACAGUCAGCUGUUACGGUUGCUCGAUCGCUAGAGCUUUGAAAUCCGGUGCCGCUUUCAUUUGUUUCUUUCGUUGACGCGAUUUUCUAUAAGUUUUUUUCGACUUUUCAUAGUACAACAUGGCCACCUACGCUACAUACAGACACAUCGAACUCGACAAAGUUGGAUAUGGAAAGAAAAGAGUUUCCAACCAAAGCAGUGAAAUCUUCAAUGUGCUAUGUACCCCACCAAACAGUAACAAAACAAACGGCCAUACUACACCAAGAAGAUCCCUACAAAGUAACGAUUCCUUCAACAAACUAUUUGGCUCACCCGAAAACAAGAGACCUCACCCCAGAAGAGGAUCGUUGACUAAACAAGAUGUAAACAACCGCAAUCCAGUAACAGGAAAUGGAGUGAUGUCUUGGGACUGCAAAUUAUCCAAAACUUCAAAAGUUUACACAGAACGUAAUCCAGUAACUGGAGAAACCUACACGAUCGUCAGUCCCGCUACUACCCCUACCAAACCCAUGACAAACGGAUUUACAAACGGCACAUCCACCCCUUCACUGAACGGAAAUUCAACCCCCUUGACGAACGGAAAUGCAAACUCCCUGACCAACGGAAAUGGAAUCCAUACGCCUAACGGAAACGUGUAAAUUCGAAAAAUCCUUCUUAAAAAACAAGGAAUCCUUUUGUAUUCAUUUCCGAUGGAAACAUGAGUAUUCUUUGCUUCAAUUUCUCCAUGGCGUGUACUGAAAAGUGUCGGUUUUUAUUCAAACUUUUUAAACUGAGCUAAAAUACACAUCCAGAAAAAACAAUGUUUUCGUAAAUAAAUAUAAUAGAAAUAGUUUUGAGGUUAUAUCAUGUAAGGUGGCAUUUUAAUUGAAUGUAUCUAAGCGAUUAAGGUUGGAAUUGAAUAAACGUUCAGAAAAUAGACCGCAAUAAGAAAAGUAU